CGCGAGGCUGAGGCUCGGUGGCUCCUUUAAGGCUGCUCCAUCUGGGCUGUCCUGACGGACAGGACCGGAGAGCGUUUGGUUCUGGACGCAUUGAGUCGCGUGCCUAGGAGAAGACAGGAGGGGACGCGGGCAUAAGGUGCACCGAGAGGGGCUUACCGGGGCGGAGAGAGGAGCGGAGUGCUGACUACUUGACAGAAGCGCCAGGAGAAGCGGACGCCCAGAGGAGGAGGAAGGCGCGGGGCCAGACGCGCAGGAGAUCGGAGAUCGGGACAGAGUCCGUCCCGCAUGCAGCUGGGCUCGGACUGAGGAGCUACAAGCCGGCGCCCGGACCUGGCCGGCAUGACAGCACAGCUGUGGUGCCUCCUGUCCGCGCUGCUGCUCGAGACCUUUUCAGGUUCUAGGUCCCUGAGGCCAAACCAAGACCCGAGGCCAGAGGGAGACCAAGACUGCCUGAGGGCCAGUGAACACUGUGCCCGGGAUGCUAGCUGCAGUGCUCAGCUCCGCACCCUUCGCCAGUGUGUGGCAGGAGAUGGUGCAGCCAAACUGGGGCCUGAUGCCCAGAGUCACUGCCAGAGCACGGUCCAAGCACUGCUGUCCAGUAGUCUCUAUGGCUGCCGAUGUCGGCGGGGCAUGAAACGGGAGAAAGACUGCCUGGGCAUGUAUUGGAGCCUGCGUGGCACCCUCCCACAAGGGAUGAUGCUAGAAAGCUCCCCCUAUGAGCCUUUCCUUAGCAGCUUUAACUACGUUGGAUUGGCGGCUAUUACGGCAGGGUCCGAGGGCGAGAGCCCUUCUCCGAGGGAGAACCGCUGCCUGGACGCGGCCAAGGCUUGCAACAUGGACGGGCUGUGCCAACGGCUGCGCGCGGACUAUGCGGCCGCGUGUCUGCGUGCCGGGGCCCGUGGCUGCCCCCGCUCCCGCUGCCACCGGGCCCUGCGCCGCUUUUUUGACCGGGUCCGGCCGGCUCUCAGCCUCGCGCUGCUCUUCUGCCCUUGCCGACCCGGGGAUGCAGCGUGCGCCGAGCGCAGGCGGCAGACCAUCGUGCCAUCCUGCUCCUACAGCCCCAGCAGCCCCCGCCCUCGCGUCGCCUCGGUCCAGCCCAACUGCUUGGAGCCGUUGGACACCUGCCGGCGGGGAUACGUCUGCAGGGCCCGUUUGGCUGACUUUCAGGAGGCCUGCCAGCCAUCCCUGCUCGCCCCCAAUAGAUGCAUCCGCGAGGAUUCGCCCAGAUGUCUCCGGGCCUACACUGGCAUUCUGGGGACCCCCAUCACCCCCAACUAUGUGGGCAAUGUGAGCACCGCUGUAGCACCUUGGUGCAGCUGCCGCUCCAGUGGGAACAGACUUGAAGAAUGUGAGACCUUUCUGGGGCUCUUCGUGGGGAACCCGUGUCUCCAAAAUGCUAUCCUGACUUUUGGCAACCAGACAGCCCUAAGUCGGGACCCCUCUGCCAUCCCACCUAGAACUUACCUACAGGAGCCUUUCUUCAACCAACUGAAGCCUCACCCACCCACCCAGGUAUCAGUGGAAGGAAGACUUUCCACUGGGGGCUCUCCAAGGCUCUGGGGGCCUCCAGGCUGGACCCUCCCCAGGAAUCAACUGCUUCUUACCGUUGUAGCCCUCUGGUUCCUGCCCUGACUGGGAAAGCAGGCAGAAGACAGAAUGCACAAUCCUGUUUACACCUAUUCUCAUCCAGACAGGGUGGCAUAAUGGGACUCUGAGUCAGAGAGAAGUAGGCAUCCUUGAGCUGGCCCCAACUGUCCCUAACUUCAGACCUCUGCUGGUCUGUGACCCAGACCCUUCCUGCCUUUCUCUCUGGGCACAGCACAGAGAGGAAGAGCUCGGGGGACUGUGGGGCAUGAUUUGGGGGGGGGAGCAAAAACAUCCCAUUCUAGAGCAUGCUGGACCUGAAAUGCUCUGUACCAUCUGCCUCCCGUGCUGGGGGUUGGCCUUAAGUCUUGGGAUCCAAGAUCUAACAUUCCUAUAAGAACUUAAACUCCUCGAGGGCAAGGACUGGCAUCCAGUUGUUAUUCAGUCACGUAGAUGUCCUUUUCUUUGUGACCCAUGGACUGUGCUAUCCAUGAGGUUUCUUGGAAAAGGUACUGGAGUGGUUUCCCAUUUCCUUCUCCAAUGUACAGAGGUUAAGUCAUACAGCCACUUAGUGUCUGAGGCAGAUUUUGAACUCAGGUCUUUCUGACUCCAAGCCUCAUACUCUAUCCACUGAGUUACCUUGCUGCCUCCUCAGUAGGCACUUAAUAAAAUGCUCAUGGAUGGAGAUGAUAGGUUAGUAGGAUUUUAGAGAUGGAAGGAAGUUUAGAGAACAUAGAAUCCCACUCAUGUGGGAAUCUACCCUCAUGGUGAAGAUGAGGAAACAUCUUUGGCUUUGGUGGAAUGCAAAGAGCUUGGGGACAGUCAGGAGACCUAAGCUGAGCAUUAGCCCUGUCCCUCAGUAGCUGGGUGAUCUUGGGGAAAAUCAGCUGCUCUCUCUGAGCCUCAAUUUCCUCAUCUUUAAAAUGGGAAUAACCUUAGAUGACAUUUAAAGCCUCUCUCCUCUUAGCUCUAUAAUUAAAUAACAGAAUUCCCUGUUCACAGGACUAUUGGGAGGCAAGUACUUCGCUAACCCUUAAAGCCCUAGAGAAAGCACAGCUUUUUAAUCCAGUUGAUAGAGGAGUGGGAGGAGCGUGCUGGUCCCUCAGCAAUUGCCUGAUAGGAUGGGGAGGCAGGACUAGGCAGCAAUUUCCCUGAAAAAAAGAUCUGGGGGGUUUUGGUACUCAAGUGAGUUGGCCAUGUGAUAUGGUACUUGUCUCCGAGCUGGAUUAAGGAGGAGGACAUAGCCUCCAGAAGGAAGGUGGGGAGUCCCCCAGCUGAAGAGGGAGGGAUUGGCUUGGGAGAAGGAUGAGUUAUUCUGCUUGAUCUCAGAAGGGCCAAAGGAAGAGGGCAUUCUGGGAGGCGGAUUUCAGCUUGUGGUAAGGAAAAACAAGUGAUUCUGUCCACUAAAAAAGGAAAUGGGCCAUCUGACAGCACAGGCAUCCUAUACCAUUAGACCUUGUUAAAGACCUCGGGGAGGACCACGUGGGUGCGAUGCUUUAGAAAGGGCCCCCUGAGAUUCUACCAGGUGGGAGAGGGGGAUUGACUGGGUGACAGAAGGAGCCCCCUGCCUUCCUUUCAAAGCAACUCCUCUGAAGGGUGAGGCAGGGAGGAAGAUACAAGGAAGGGGGUGAAGAUGGACGCAGGAGAGAGGAGGGGGCUGGUAAUGUUAUUUGUUCUUUCUAGGAGCUGAUUGUGAGGGGCUAUUUUUUUAACUUCUGUUUAAAGGACAAACUUCUCUAUUCUUUUUAAAGUUGCAAAUUUGAGGCUUUUUUUUUUUCCAAAAUAAGGAAAAUAAAAACCUUAGCACU